UCCGCAGGAAGUAGCUUACUGGACCACCAACACAGGAACAACAGAGUAAACAGACACAUUUAUUCUGUUUUUGGGACGAUAUCUCCAUAAUUAUGAAAUGAGACAGUACAGUCAGUCCCUCACUCAGACGGCGUGGCGCGUCUGUGAUGGUUUGAGCCGCUGUUAUAGGCAUGAAUGAAGGCAGGCAUCCAUGUCCAACCAUGGAGAGGAGAAAAUAACCCCAAAAAGAAGGAAAAGAAGACGCUGCAUCGCUGAGGAAUCUUCAGCCUCUAUCUCCGACUGAGGGUCAGCACAUCCGGACGGAGAACCGGAGAGCGACAGAGGGGCGAAGGGCUGGUGCUCAGAAUGGCUUUCCUCGACAACCCCGCCAUCAUCCUGGCCCACAUCCGGCAGUCGCACGUGACCAGCGAUGACACCGGGAUGUGCGAGAUGGUCCUGAUCGACCAUGACGUGGAUCUGGAGAAGUGCCAUUCGUCUGCGGCAUCCGCUGGCAGAGGCUCGUCCGGGGGAUCGUUUGGGGAUGGCAGCGUUGGGGGAGACGGCCAGACCUGCGAUCUCUCUCAGUCUGUCGACAUCACCUCCAGCUGGGACUUUGGCAUCCGACGGCGCUCCAACACAGGACGACAAGACAGUUUCGUGAGACCUGAGCCUGCUGCUCAAAGAUUGGAGCGACUGAGGAAAGAACGACAGAACCAGAUCAAGUGCAAAAACAUCCAGUGGAAAGAGAGAAGCUCGUCUCAAUCUGCAGACGACUUGAGCUCGCUUUUUGAAAAGAAGGACUUUAAGGACAGGCCCCGGAGCACAGGCAGUAAAUCCACACUCUCGCUGCGACUAGAACAGUGUCCUCAGCAGCUCAAUAACCCCUUCAACGAGUACUCCAAAUUUGAUGGCAAGGGCCAUGUUGGUACAACUGCAACCAAAAAAAUUGACGUCUACCUCUCAAUGCAGUCGACCCAAGAAAAGCUUCACCCCAUGACGGUGGUCACGAUGGCUAAUGCUCGGGUCCACGAUCUUAUCGGGCUCAUCUGCUGGCAGUACACCUGUGAGGGCCGUGAACCCAAGCUCACUGAAAACGUCAACACUUACUGCCUCCACAUCGCUGAGGAUGAUGGGGAGGUGGACACAGAUUUCCCUCCGCUGGACUCCAACGAGCCCAUACACAAGUUUGGCUUCAGCACGCUGGCUCUGGUCGAGAAGUAUUCAUCUCCUGGACUGGGGCCCAAACAGUCACUCUUUGUUCGAAUAAACGCCGCUCAUGGUUUCUCUCUGAUCCCAGUGGACAGCCUGAAAGUGACCAUGAAGGAUAUUCUGCAGAAGGCCCUCAAAAAGAGGAAAGGCUCCCAGAAAGGAUCAGGCCCCAUGUAUCGUCUGGAGAAGCAAACCGAACCGAAUGUGGCGGUGGAUUUGGACAGUACGCUGGAGAGCCAGGGAACUAUGGAGUUCUGCUUGGUCCGAGAAAACAGUUCUCGAGGCGAGGAGAGCUCAGAGGAGGACCCGCCUAUAGACAUCACUACGGUACAGGACAUGUUGAGCAGCCACCACUACAAGUCCUUCAAGAUCAGCAUGAUCCACAAGCUCCGCUUCACCACAGACGUGCAGCUAGGAAUUUCUGGUGAAAAGGUGGAGAUCGAUCCUGUCACAAAUCAGAAGACAAGCACAAAGUUCUGGAUCCGACAGAAGCCAAUCUCCAUCGACUCGGAUCUGCUGUGUGCCUGUGACCUUGUGGAGGAGAAGAGUCCAAGUCAUGCAAUAUUUAAGCUCACAUAUCUAAGCAACCACGAUUACAAAGCCCUGUACUUCGAGUGUGAUGCUGCUACUGUCAAUGAGAUUGUGCUCAAGGUGAACUACAUCCUGGAGUCCCGUGCCAGCACAUCGAGGGCAGAUUACUUCGCCCAGAAACAACGCAAACUGAACCGUCGCACGAGCUUCAGUUUCCAGAAGGACAAAAAGUCGGGCCAGUAGAUCUGGUGGCCAAACCGAUCAGCAGACUCUGAACCGAAUGGCCUGUGUGAACAGAGGCAGAGAAAUAGACGGGAAACAUAAAGAAUAGAAGGAUGGCGAGAAGUUUAGACGAAAAUGCAGAGGAAAUGCGAGACAGACGUCUCAUCCGGAUGAAGAAAUCAGCCUCUCAAGGUCGGCCUUUCCUGGCCUGACGGUCCUUAAUCAUAUCAGAGCACUAAUGCUCUCUGCUGUCACUCGAAUGUACUAGCAAAACCAACCAACAAUCUAAUUGAACAAUUCUAUUAACGUUUAAAGCCACAGCCAUCGCCCAGACCAGACAAAACCAUCGGCUGGACUCUGAAUGCCAAGGACCGAGAACUUGCUGCUGUUUGCGUCAAAGACUUACUUCCACUGCCUACAAACCAACUGUACAUAAACACGCACCAAACGAACGCAGUUGGAACCUUACAAGCCAGAAAGAGCAAGCGAACCGUAUUAGCUGUUCCCGUAUGUAUCAAAGAUGUUAACUCAAAUCGCAUUGGACACUGACACGUAAAGAGAUCGCUUUUUUUUUUCUUUUUUUUUCUUUUUUUACAAAAAUGUAAAUAGCAAACGCAUUCAGGGUCUGAUGACAAACCCUCUUUGGCCAUAGUACUUCAGUGCCUG